CGUGCCUAUGUAGCUGAACGCCCUAUACUGCGCCGCUCGACUCGAUUAUGCUUGUCUGUCCACGAGGGGUACCUCUUCACAACUUGAUUGCGCACUCGUGACUUGCGGUUGGCAGUUUGCUGAUGAUGUAUGCAUGCAGGCAGACGAGGAGCAGAAUGAUUCAGGGGCCCGCUCUUGCUGCGGUCGCUGUGUGGGGCUAUCCGCUGGAAGUAGUCGUGAGUAGAGUAGAAGGAUGCAUGCUGCAUGGACCAGCUAGACGCCGACACAGCCGUUUAUUAAGCUACUGUUGCAUCUUGCGCCAUAUAUGCCGCACCACCUCUCUCUCGCUAUAUAAUCGCGCUCGUUCGCUCGCUCGCUCAUGCCCCGCGCUUCUAGCUCCGUGUCCGCCCAUGAUGAUGGCAGCUGAUGACCGCGCGGACCUGCGCAUUCAAAGCGUUCGGAAUGCAUAUGCAGCAGCAGCUGUAUAACCGUGCAAGAACAGCUACAAUAGCAGGUCCAUCACUCACUCUGACUUGUAUAUCGCCAGCAUGGCCGCGCAGGGGUCACACACGUAUACGGAAAAGCGUGAUUGUGCGGGCGCGCGUGCAACACAAAUAAUCGUUUAUAUACCUGC